ACAUCACAUUUAUAUCCACAUUCACAAAGCGUCUGCUUAAGUAGGAAUCAGCUGGGCAAGUAACCUUGUCUGCGUAUCCGACGUUUGGUGGUCACCUCUACCUUAAUUUUUUUUCCCUUAUCAGCUUCAAUCCCAGGGACUGUUGAAAGCAAUUUAAUAUUUCUUUAACAUGGCAGCUAUGGCGGGUAAGCUAAUGAACAGCCUCAAGAGUAAAGAGUUCCGGGAGUAUUUGAUGAGCACACACUUCUGGGGUCCAGUAGCUAACUGGGGUAUCCCUAUUGCAGCAAUUGCUGACACCCGCAAAGAUGCUGCCAUGAUCAGUGGUAAAAUGACCUUAGCACUCUCCCUUUACUCGAUCAUGUUCAUGAGGUUUGCUUGGCGAGUUCAGCCACGGAACAUGCUACUUUUUGCCUGCCAUUUCACCAAUGAAUGUGCACAACUUACACAAGGAGCACGGUUUAUCAAUUACCACCACCUUGGAGGUAAAGAGGCAGCUUCACAGCCAGCCAGUGAAUGAGAUAACAGUUGUACAGUGUCAACAAACAUUCUUUAAAACUUAAUUAUGACCUUUAAAUUAUUUUCGUGAAACAAGGAUAAAGAUAUACUAAGAUGGUUACAAUGUAUGAACAAUAACAGCACAGGUAUCGAACUUUAUCUCGUAUUACUUAGAACAUUACUGCAUAACGCAUAAAAGUAAAGCAAAUUUCUGUGAUUAAGGUUAUUAGAUAAACCCCUGAACAUCUGUGGGAUGAGUCUUCCUUGCCAUUUAGCUUUCACAUUGUUAGAUUAGGAAAUGGAAAUGAAGCCCCCAAACAGGGAUUGUGGUUUUAACACAAUUUUAUGUGGUGUCUAGUGAGAAUAAGAAGUCAAGCAGAAAGUGUAACAGUAGAGUCAACUGCUGGAGCUCUAAUGUUCCUUUGAUACUAAAGAAAUGAAAGAAUGUCUACCAACCAAUAAGAGUACAAAUUAAAUGCAGUGAUGUCACACA